GGAGGCCUCCCGCGCUUCUUAGAUUUCUUCGCCGUCAGUCAUCAUUUUCUACUACUUCCCAUAAAAGCGAAAAUCCAUUUCUUCUGCCAAAGAUUCCAACCACUUUCCGUCUCACCACUCGCCGCGGUCACGAAAUUAAAAGAUUCCAAUGAAGUUCUUCUCUUUCUCUCGCCUGCGUCUCAGAAAUCGUCGUAACCCUAACCCUAUCCCCAAUUUUCCUGCGCAUCCAAAUCCAGAGCGGCAUCAUGCGAUCCCUGGCGAAAGCGGAACGGAAGAACCAGAAGACGACGACGACGAUGAAGUCGUCGCCGGAGGAACAGGUAGCCGUGGAGAUGGUGCAAGUCGAGAGGCUGUCCAUUUCUUAGAUGAGGAGGAUGAUUAUAGAACGGCAGCAACGUCGUCGAGUGGGUGGAGAACUGGAGAUGAGGAUGAUGAAAUUUCUAGUAGUGGAGAGAGGUAUUUGACGGCGGGUUCUUCUUCUUCGAGGUCUUCUAGGGAGGGUAGGGGAAUAUUUGUGAAUGAUGGGAAUUCGAUGAAUGCUACGGCUUCUACGACCUCGUCGGUGGCGCCUACGAGUCUUGCAGUGUCAGAAGGGAAGAGAAAUACGGAUAGUCCGCCGACUGAUGAUUGCUGUCCUAUUUGCUUUGGUGCCUUCGUCGUUCCAUGUAGAGCUUCCUGUGGCCAUUGGUAUUGUGGAGGCUGCAUUUUGCAGUAUUGGGACUAUGGUGCAGCACUUCAGCCUUGCAACUGCCCAAUGUGCUCCCGUAAAAUAACGAAUUUGACACCUGAGGCAUCCUUAGUCCUGCAACAGCAAGUUGAAGUAGCUGAAGUUUUAAAAAAUGUUCAAAAGUAUAAUCGUCUUUUUGUCGGAGGAAUAUAUGGUUUCAUUCUGAAGCUGCUUGAGUUGCCCCUUUAUGUCAGGAGAAUGUUUCAGGAUAUGAUGAAUCCUGAUAGACCUGGGGCUCAUCUCAACAAAUUACGUAUUCUUGCAAUGCUUAUGGGUCUUCUUUACACAGUCAGCCCCUUCGAUUUCUUGCGUAUAGGUAGACAAAAUGUUAUUGAUGUUUUUGACUACUCAGCAAUGGCCCUCUCAUUCAUCUUGUAUCUAGUUGGCCUUUAUCUCCGAAGAAGGCGCUUCCAGCGUGUGAGGGAGAUGGCUGCUAUCCAACUUUGAUGUGAUUGCAGUGGGAUUUCUAUUACACAACUGCAGCGCCAUGGUUGUACGUGGGUAUUUUGUGAUUAAUACUUGGUUACCCUUUCUCCUUGGGUGUAAGUAUAGCCUCUAUUUCUUUUUUCCCCAUUAUCCAGUUUACAGGUUUGGGGUGUUUGUCGUUCAGUGGAAACUAUCUGCCAUAUGGUUCCUCUGUUGUGGUCUGGAAAUAUGGAUGUAUAUGGAAGUUCCUUCCCCUUAUUUUGGUGUAUAGUUUACGGUGUCACUUCUGCCAACACAGAUUGUUGCCAAGCAUUGUAAAAGGUGCUGAGAGUUUUAGAACUCCCUGCUUGUCUAAAUGUAAAGAUAAUAGGCUGAAGUGCCUUUCAUCUAUGGUCUGUGAUACAAGGGUGUUGUAACACUGCUUUAAUUUCAGAGUUAGGCCACAAAUUUGG